UGGAAUAAAAUAUCACAAUCCUCUUUCUUUAAAAUUUUCUAAUAUAUCUAGAGUACGAUAAUUCAGUUUAGAGUUUAAAUUAAGUUGAAAGUGAAUUGGCUUUUGUGAGCAAUUUCAAGCGACUAUUUGAGUUUACUGAAAACUUCAUAUAUGGGCAACGGAGAUUUAGAAUUUUGUCAAUAUUAUCUUACAAUAUCAUCAUGUUAUUAAUAAGAAUACACAUCUGUCAUUUAUUAGGAUUCAUCUGAAUAUGUAUUAUGUUCAACUGCAUAUACUGCCACGAUUGCAGACUUAAUAUUAUUUAUUAGUUGUCUAUUGAAUUAUGGCUGUACGUCGAGGAAACAGAAACUUGAAAUUGCAGGUCUCUGAAGAGACACCUGUGCCUGUCACUCCGCCAAGAAAUUUGGAUAAAAGAACAACAAUAACCAUAGGUGAUAAAACAUUUGUAGUAGAGGCAGAUGAUUUAGAAACAAUCUGUAUCCUUGGACGAGGAGCAUAUGGUAUUGUGGAUAAAGUACGACACAAACAAAGUGGCACUAUUAUGGCAGUUAAGAGAAUAACUGCAACAGUUAAUACACAGGAACAAAAGCGUUUACUUAUGGACUUAGAUAUUUCCAUGCGUAGUUCAGCAUGUCAAUAUACAGUACAAUUUUAUGGAGCAUUGUUUAGGGAAGGAGAUGUUUGGAUAUGUAUGGAAGUUAUGGAUAUGAGUUUGGACAAAUUUUAUACGAAAGUGUAUAAGCAUGGUCGUGCCAUUCCUGAAGAUAUUUUAGGGAAAAUUGCUUUUGCAGUAGUAAGCGCAUUACAUUAUCUGUAUUCACAGUUACGGGUGAUCCACAGAGAUGUGAAACCUAGUAAUAUUUUAAUUAAUCGAAAAGGAGAGGUCAAGAUCUGCGACUUUGGUAUAUCUGGUUAUCUUGUGGAUUCUGUUGCUAAGACUAUUGAUGCCGGUUGUAAACCAUAUAUGGCUCCAGAAAGGAUAGACCCGUCGGGUAACCCUUCACAAUAUGACAUCAGAUCUGAUGUUUGGUCGUUAGGUAUAUCUCUUGUUGAACUAGCGACAGGAAAAUUUCCCUAUGAAUCUUGGGGAACACCUUUUGAACAAUUAAAACAAGUUGUAAAGGAUGAAGCACCAAAGCUGCCAGCUGAUAAAUUUUCGGCCAAUUUUGAAGAAUUUAUCAAUAAAUGUUUAAUGAAAGAUUAUACUGCCCGUCCAAAUUAUAAUCAAUUACUGAAACUUGAUUUUAUCACAGAGCAUGCCAAAAAGGACAUAAAUGUUGCUGAAUUUGUUGGAGAAAUUUUAGACCUACCUGAAGUUGAGUAAUCAGCAUAGUAUAUAAAUAUUUUUGACAUGGUGUGUUACAUGAUCUUUAAUGUAACUUCGUAUUAUGUAUCGAAGUUAUAUAAUCAGUUCUCUAUAUCUUCAUCAGCCAUAUUAUUCACUCAUACAUACGCACGCUACAAGUAAAUUAAAGUAUAGUGUAAAACAUAAUAUGUGUAACUUUUGUCUAAAAAUCUAUGUCUUCAGACAGUUCACUUUCUUGUUUGUUCAAUAUGUAACCAAUGUAUAAUUUUGCAUUAAUAAUUUCUUCAGGAUUAGUAACUAUUCUUUAAACAGAGAGCAAACCCAUGUAAAUAAUAUACAAAUAUUUUCUCACAUAUAAUAAUAGAUUGUUAUUGUAGCAAUGUAGUAAAUAAAAUCUAAAUUAUAAAUA